GGAACAAAUAAAAGUUUGGGGCUAGAGAGGGAGUGAGAUCCAUGGCGAAAGGUGAAGCUUGGGAUGGCACGGCCGCUACGCCUGCGACAUCUACCGUAGUUGAGGAGCUACCGAAGACUAUUGUACGGCGAGUGGUGAAGGAAAAACUCUUCCAACUUUCGUCAGCCUCCAGCAAGAAGGCCAAAUCCGGUGAAGUUGGAGACGAGGAGAUGAUGCUUCACAAGGACGCGCUUAUAGCCUUCUCUGAGAGUGCCCGAAUAUUCAUCCACUAUCUUUCGGCCACGGCAAAUGACAUUUGCAAGGAAUCUAGGAGACAAACUAUCAACGCAGAGGAUGUUUUUAAAGCACUUGACGACAUGGAAUUUACCGAAUUCAUUCAGCCACUAAGAGAUUCUUUGGAAGAGUUCAGAAAAAAGAAUGCUGGAAGAAAAUCUGGAACUAAAGGGAAUGGGGGGACUAAGAAACGAAAAUCUGAGGAAGAGCUUCCACACAAGGAUGAGAAUGAAGGCAAUGCUUAUGAAGAAAACAACUAAGCAUUAGUUUUAUGCUGCUGCUUUGAAUUUUUAAAUCCAGUAGUCUUAGCAUGUGUGUUCUACGGUGGUAUUUCUUUGGAAGCGUAUUUCUCUAAGAGCUCUUCACAUUGCUGAAUCGUUCUAGUAAUUUUGCUAUUGUACUUCGGUAAGAAUCUGCCAAGAUAGAUUACAUGUUUAUUUAAAUAUUUAUGUUUUGUAUUUGUGCACUCUCCCUAUCAAGAGAAUUAGCACUUAUUCAUAGGUUUAAAUUAUUUAGUUAAAAGUCGAUUUAAUCACUAUUUUACAUGGCAUAACUUUAAUC